GCAGGAGGAGGUGCUGGGCUUGGAGACGGUGGUAGCAGGCGAGUAUCAUUCCAGUUGGAGAGGCUGCCGCGAUCAAGUUCCACCGUGGACUUCAAACUACGCAGGUUUGCGCUGCAAUGCGCAUGCUUUGUCAGUGGCGGCUUCCGUGUCAAAUUUUUGUCCCUCUUCUUACUCAUAAUGUGAAGUUGCUAGUGAAAGACAAGAUAUGUUGGUGGAAGGAAAGAUAUGUUAGUGGAAGGAAAUAAUGUUAGUGCAAGAAAUUAUGUUAGGGGAAGCCAAAAAUAAUUGAAACAUUCUUGUGAUGAAAUUUUUCGAACUCCUAAUGAAAUAUUUGAGUGUAAAAGAGUCGAAAAUGUAUAUAUAUAUAUAUAUAUAUAUAUAUAUAUAUAUAUAUAUAUAUUUGGGGGGAGGGGAGAGAGAGGGGGGGAGAGAGAUAGAUAGAGAGAGAGAGAGAGAGAUAGAGAGAGAUAGAGAAAGAGAGAGAGAUAUAUAUAUAGAUAUAUAUAUAUAUAUAUAUAUAUAUAUUUGGGGGGAGGGGAGAGAGAGGGUGGGAGAGAUAUAGUUAGAGCGAGAAAGAGAGAGAUAGUGAUACAUAGAGAAAGACAGAGAGUGAGAGAAAGAACGAGGGGGAGAAAAGGGAAUAGAUAUGGAGAGAAAGAGACAGAAAACAUGGAAAAAUAGAGAGAGAAAGAGAGAAAGUGGAUGAAGGGGAGAGAUAAGAGGAAAGAAAGCGACAGAGAAAACUAAGGACAGAGAAACAUGGAGAGAGAAAUAGAGUGACAGAGAGCGAGAAAGAGAUAUAUAAAGAGAAUAAGAAAAAAGAGAUAGAGAGAGAGAAAGAGGUAGACAAAAAGAGGGAGAGAGAAAAAGAGAGGGAAAAGAGAGAGAAAGAGAGAUAGAGAGAAAGAAAGAUAGAAAGAUAGAGAAAGAGAGAAAAAGAGAGAGAGAGAAAGAGAGAGAUAGAGCGAAAGAAAGAUAGAGAGACAGAGAAGGGAUUUAUUUUGUUAUCACGCCACAUUAAAGUCUCUCCAGUCUUUGCUACCUUGUGAAGGCUUUUUUUUAAGGCAGCCAUUUCGGAAGCUCAAACGAUUUUAAUCUCAAUAUUCUUUGACGGACUGUGCUCCUCGUUGUCUGCCCCUUUCAAAUUGUGCCAGACAUUUUUAAAGCCUGUUAUACAUUGUUUUUUGUUUUCUGUAAAAUGUUCACCAAGGAGGUCCUCAAUUGAAAGAAGUGGGUCUGCUAGUAGUUCCUCAAUGGCAAAAAAUAAUAGAAUAUGCUAUAAAAUAACUUGACAAUUAAUUUUAGCCUCAAUUUUAAACCAUAAAAAAUUCACUAUUUUAGCUUUGCUUUGACUUUGAGAGUAAUCUUUCUUGAUGUUUUAUGGAUGUUCCCCCACCUCAUGUAGUUCUUAAAAUAGCCAAAUAAUGUAAACUUCCUUUUCAGCCUAUAUCUUGUUUUUUAUCUCUCUCCCUCCUCUUUCUCUCUCAACCUCUCUCACUUUCUGCCCCCCACUCCAUCUCUGUCUCCCAAUGUGUCUCCCACUCACUCCCCCUAUCUCUCUCUCUCUCCCACUCACUCUCUCUCUCCCUAUCUCCCACUCACUCUCUCUCUCCCUCCCUCUCUCUCCCUCUUCUCUCUCUCCCUCUCAUUUUUUCUCCCUCACUCCCAUUCUCUCUCUCCCUCCCUCUCUCCCACUAUCUCUCUUCAUUUCUCUCUCUCUCCCAUCUCUCUCCCUCUCCUCUGUCUCCCUCUCAUUUUUUCUCCCUCACUCCCACUAUCUCUCUCUAUUUCUCUCUCUCCCUCCCUCUCUCCCACUAUCUCUCUCCCCCACUCUCUUUCUCCCCCACUCUCCCCAUCUCUCUCUCUCUCUCUCUAUAUAUAUCUCUCCCUCCCUCUCUCCCACUAUCUCUCUCCCCCACUCUCUUUCUCCCCCACUCUCCCCAUCUCUCUCUCUCUCUCUCUAUAUAUAUAUAUAUAUAUAUAUCCCUCUCUCCCCCUCUCUCUAUCCAUUUCUCUCUCUCUCCCUCUCUCUCUCCUCUCUCUCUCUCUCUCUCUCUCCCUCCCUCUCUCCCCCUCUCUCUCUCCCCCUCUCUCUUUCUCCCCCACUCUCCCCCUCUCUCUCUCUCUCUCUCUCUAUAUAUAUAUAUAUAUAUAUCCCUCUCUCCCCCUCUCUCUAUCCAUUUCUCUCUCUCUCCCUCUCUCUCUCCUCUCUCUCUCUCUCUCUCUCUAUUGUUUGCUUGCCUUUUGUGUUCAAACAUUGAAAAGAAUUUGGGAAGAAAUUGACCAAUGCCUUUGUUUACUUCUGGUAAAGUUGUACAACUCAUUACUACUUUGAUAUUCCCUGUUGUCAUCGCACCUUGACAAUCGUCUUGGACAAUACUUUAUGAUAAAAACAUUAUUUUAAAAAAUAAAAAAAAUAAAUAAAAAAGGAAGCAUAUAGAGAAUCUGUGGUACGCCUGGUUCAGACCGAAGCUCAGUUACUCCCCACCUCCACCCUGCUUUUUAAACCCACACACUUGUGGGAAUGGGAAAAUAUGACAUAAUCCUGCCGAAGUCCAAUAAUUUAUUAUAAAAUAUUCAUAAUGCAGCCUGCCUCACAGAUCGCAACAGCACUGUGACAUUCCUUGACAUCUAUCGAUCUGACAUGGAUUCAUGUCAGAGGCCAAGAGUCAUUGCCGUCGAGUUUGGUUAUUGACCUUGAGGUUGUUUCAUUGCCUCCGAGGUUUUUCAUUGCCUUCAAAGUUGUUCAUUGCCUUCGAGGUUGUUCAUUCCCUCGAGGUUGUUCAUUCCCUGUAGGUUGUUCAUUGCCUUCGAGGUUGUUCAUUGCCUUCGAGGUUGUUUCAUUGUCUCCGAGGUUGUUUCAUUGCAUCCGAGGUUGUUAAUUUCCUUCGAGGUUGUUCAUUGCUUCCGAGGUUGUUUAAUUUCCUUCGAGGUUGUUAAUUGCCUUCGAGGUUGUUAAUUGCCUUCGAGGUUGUUAAUUGCCUUCGAGGUUGUUCAUUGCUUCCGAGGUUGUUCAUUGCCUCCGAGGUUGUUCACUGCCUUCGAGGUUGUUUCAUUUCCUCCGAGAUUGUUCAUUGUCUCCGAGGUUGUUCAUUGCCUCCGAGGUUGUUGAUUGCCUUCGAAGUUGUUCAUUGCCUCCGAGGUUGGUCAUUGCCUCCGAAGUUGUUAAUUGCCAUCGAGGUGGUUAAUCUCCUUCGAGGUUGUUUCAUUGCCUUCAAGGUUGUUUCAUUGCCUCCGAGGUUGUUAAUUUCCCUUGAGGUUGUUAAUUGCCUUCGAGGUUGUUCAUUGCUUCCGACGUUGUUAAUUUUCUCCGAGGUUGUUCAUUGCCUCCGAGGGUGUUCAUUGCCUCCGAGGUUGUUCAUUGCCUUCGAUUUUGUUCAUUGCCUUCGAGGUUGUUCAUAGCCUCCGAGGUUGUUAAUUGCCCUUGAGGUUGUUAAUUGCCUUCGAGGUUGUUUCAGUGCCUUUGAGGUUGUUUCAUUACCUCCAAGGUUUCAAAAAAUAUAUGUAAAAAAACAACAAUAAAUUGUUUUGAAAUGUUUAAAAUUAAGUGCAGUUACCAGAAUUUUCCUGAAGUAAAAGUAUAUUUAUGAAAGCGAGAUUAUUUCCCCUGUUGUUUUGACCUGAGAAGUAGAAAAGUAGAGAAAAGUAAUUAGUAUUGAAAGUAAAAUAAAAAAAUAAAAUAAGAUUCCUAAAAAUGUUUCUCUUUGUUCUCAUAUUACCGUCUUCCUAACUGAAAUAUAUACAUUUUAUACUUUUUAAAUGGCGAUGAUAUGCUGGCUUAGAAACCUGACAUAGGCUGGCAGACUGAGACCCCUUGCUUGUGAUCACUGGUUGUCACUAAAACGUGACACUCCAGGUCACGGUACUUUUGUUUAUCUCGAUUCUUUGUUAGUCAAUGUUAGAACAGCUAGAAAAUCCAACUCAUUUUGUAUGCGUCAUGUUUCGCUUCUUUGUUAGGUCUGACUCUCCAACGUUCAGUGGCGUAGGCAAGGGUUAGUGCCACCUGGGGGGGGGGUGUCGAGAAUUUUGCCGCCCCAUUCCACGAAAACAAACAAACAAACUCGGCAGUUGACUGAAAGCCUGGCCCUCGACAUAAAGAACAAAAGUACCACUCGGGAUGACCACUCCCUCUGUCCUCUCUUCCUGCGCCGCCGCCAAAGUCAAUCUAUAUCUCUCACUCCCUGUGUCCAUCCCGUUUUCUCUCCAUAUCUCCUCCCCCACUCCGUCUGCCUCUGUCUGUCUCACAGUCUUUAUAUCUCUCUCUUUAUCUCUCACAGUCUUUAAUAUCUCUCUCACAUAACAAACUAAAUGAACAGAUCUGAUUUUGAUCAACCAUUAAUGAUCUCGCCGUUGGGUUGUCGCCCAUACAACCAGGGUUGCCAAACCCCAAAAAACAAAAGCAACAACACUAGUAAUAGCACGCACACACACACACUAGUACUCUAUCUAUAUCUUCAUAAUUAAUUACAGGCUAAUACAUUUUUGGACGGGAAAUUUUUGUACAAUACAUUUAACAAAGAAAAUUUUUUAAAAAUUUUAUUUUAAAAUGUUCAAUUUUUUAUAUCACUUUCUGUGUGACUCAUUGUUAUAUAACCAUGAGCCUUCAGCCUAUUUUAUAACGUUAUUUUUUUUAACAUUCUCAUCGGUGUCGAAUUUCUGCUGACCGUGACCAAAACAGUUUUUUAAUUUAAAGUAAGCGCAAAGAAAACUCAAAGUCUGAGCUAUUUUGUUUUGUUUCGCUUCAAAAUAGAUCUGUCCUACUUCGCAUUUUUUUACGCACAUCCUAAUGUUCUCACAAACUUUUACGGACCAGUCCUUUAAUGUUAGUUUUUUCUUUUUAGUGGACAGUUUGUAAAUUUGCGUACGAUUGGCUACCUGCACACAGCACAUUAAUUAAACAACCCGUCAAAACGAAGUGUUCCUUAUGAAUCCCUUAUGAAAAGUAAUAUCCAGCAAUUUGGUUUGGGUGGAGAGGGGGGGGGGGGAGAAUGGAGCUGAAAAUUUGACAUAGCCUGCAUUCAAGUAAAGCAAUAAUAAUAAUUAGUGCUCCCGGUGCUCCCCCAGCCCCCCAUAAACUCUAAGCCACUCAUCUUUUUAACGCCCCUUGACUGUAUUGAUAUUCUGAUGCCCCACCUGCUCAUACAACGCACAUUUAUUCCACCAACUAUUUCAUUAAAACAAAGGAAACUAUAACUCACCGAAAGCACUGCGACUUUUAAGAGUCUCAUCUAGCGCAGUUAGCGGGAAAUGUACUGCGCUAAAUCAUGUACACAUGAACAAAUCUUAUAAUAGAAAAACGGGAAAAAAAAUUAUUUUAGGGAGGCGGGGGGGGGUUGGGAACGAAAAUUUGUAGGAAUGUACUGCCAUAGGGGAGUCUAUGUGCCAAAUUUCAGCUCGAUAGGUUGAAGUGGGUCUAUUAGCCGUCAUAAGAUAUUCCAUUCCGCCACCCAGUCAACCACGAACGAAAGCGAAGUUAAUCUAUUUUAUUUAAAAGCAACCAUUUUUUAAUAAAACGCUUCGGUUUAAAUAAAUAUAGCUGAAAGUAUCUUUGGUUCAAAGGUCAAACCACAGGGCAGAGGUUACACUAUACAUGAAUUAUAAAGGAAAGCUUGAGGCUAAAUUUUUUGCAAUGAUAACAGUUCCUUUACUGUGAAAAGUAAAAGUAAUCAUAGUGCUACCUCAUAUACAUGAAAUAGUUAUAUGACAUCUGUCUAAGACGCUGAUUUUAAGCUUUUAGAAGUGGUUCAUUUGUUGGAAAAUUUAAGCCUUUUCCCCCCAUUUUUAUCUUGCUCAUCGUCAAUAUUUUUGUCCUAUCCUAACAAUCUUAAAGGGAGUGGGGAGGGGGGGGGAAUGAAUAGCGACCAACCCGACCCCCCUUCACUACACGCAAGUUCUACCAACCUCCUUUUCUCCAUUACGGACAAAUGGUUAUAAAAUAAGGCCGAUUAAUCCAAGUUUAUAAUUCGAAGUCAUGGUCGAUCAACCACCUUUCAGGUCAUAGGUCAUUGUAGCUAUAGGGGGGGGGGGGCGUACCGCAACAUGGCAAAGCUUCCGCCUUUCAGGUUUCAAAGACGUCAAGGAAACUGACUUAUCUUAUCUUUGUAGACCGGAAGGAAGUUCUUUUAAGCUGAACGCGCAUGUCUCACAGCCCGGCUGAUUUUUACACACGUUAUUGAAAUUAAAUCCUCAUAUUAAUGUCCAGUCCAGAAUUUAUGUCAGUCAUCCGGUUAUCACAUGGCUAUUAAUUUUAGUGACCAUUUUCACAGCAGCAGUCAUCGCAUGGAAGGUAUAGCUUGCUACAACAAAAUUAAUUCUUUCACAGUUAGAGGCUGCCUCAGGUACAUUAAUUUUGAGACAGUUAUAUGUUGUCAGAACAACAUUCAAAUUAUUUUUUUAAACAUAUAAACACUUAGUGCUAUUCUUAAGACAUAGAUUAAUGGAUGUAUACAUUAAAUCAAAUUUACAGUCAUGUCACGUGACCUACAUUUGAGCUAUUACGUGCGGCCUAAGAGAUUGUUUUGAAAUCACUCGGAUUAUAUCGCCUGACCGAAUUAUCAUCCUGUGAAUACUAUUUAAAGUGGCUGCUGACUAUCCUUUACCAGAAGACAACAGCCCUGAACCAUUUAUUAUUUAAUAUUUGUUUUCGCUAAUGGAGGGAAAGUUCAGAGCCAGACGCAAUCAAUCUUCUCGUAUUUAGAUUUUGAAUCAGCUUGAUAUUUAAAUAUAGAAUUUAACCCGGUUGUCUAAAGAUCAUUUGGGACCAUACAAAGGAGGCUAUUGACUCUAGGAGUUCAAAGAAACCUAGAAAACAUGGUCGGUACAUACGCAUAUGUUAGUUUGUGAAGUAACAAUCGGAUAAUCUUGCUUAAGCGAAGUUUUAGUGAGGACGUUGUAACAAUAUCAAUGGGGCAGAGCUAAUUAUCGUGAAAGAGUUCAAGUGUUAGUGUAUAAGGCGACAGUGUUACAGUGUACACUAGACAACCUUGCCAGAAAUUCUCGAAGGAUUUCGACUAGAGAAACGAGAGAUAGAGAGAGAGAGAGCGAUGGAUAGAAGGAAAUAGUGAAGCAGGCCAAAGCAUCUUACAUGUAUCCUCUUACCUCUCCAAACCCAAAUUUUGAUUCCUAAAAUGCGUGUAUCAUCUUACCUCUCCAAGUCCAAAAUGCCGAUGUCCAAAACACGUCUAUCCUCCUUACCUCUCCGCCCCCAAAUUUUUGAUGCCCAAAAUACGUUUAUCCCCUUAACUCUCGUAAUGUUAAUAAAUGUUUCAUUCUCUCAUUUGAAUUAUUUUAAAUAUCCAUUUUCGUGUGUAGAAAUAUUUGUAUCAUUGCAUAAACUAAGACUUCUCUCAAGUUUUAUCCUCAUUCAAAACUUCUUAAUUAACCCGGUGCAGCCAGCAUCUUCGUGUAAUGUUGAUAUAUAAAUAUAUGCAAAUGUCUUAAAGAAAACUGUUAAAAUUGUUGCAUUUUUACUGUCAAGAAAUGAAAUAAAAUGAAAAAAAAAAAUCAUAAUCAUCAUCUGAUAUUUUUAUGUUCAAAUCAAAUAUCUGCAGGGAGAAAAAAAAAAGAAUAGAUUCUAAAGAAAUCAUACAUAAAAAAUAUAUUUAUGUUUGUCGAUAAAACAAAAAAAAAUUGCAGCAGCGCAGCUUACAUUGAAAUUGCACAGCAAUAAAAUUUUAUAACAGACCAAUGAUAUUUAGAAAAUCAAAGAUAACGUUUUUCAUUUUAGACGAAUCUUAAUGUAAAUUUGUAUUUCGUCUUUUGAAGGUACAUCGAGGGCGACUUCCACCACCUGAAGCACUCAAAGAUCGGCCGCCCUCUGCCCCGUCAGUUCUCAGUCGGAGGUGCUAUCCCCGGGCGUGUCCUCCUGGACGAUCCACAAUACAGGUUCUCCUCCCUGGACGAGCGCAUGUCCAGCCUCUUCCCUUCUGUGAUGGGUCAUGACGCGCAAAGGUCCUAUCGCGACCUCCACCAGUUUCGCGACGUCCACCAAUCGGCACAGACCCAGCAGAUGCUGCUGCAGCAGCAGCAGCAACAACUACAAGCAGCGUCUCGAAAGACGAGCGUUGAGAGGGACAACCUUCGUAAGACGAGCGUAGAACGAGAGAACUCUCGUAGGACGAGCGUUGAACGAGAGAACUCUCGUCGGAGGAGCGCAGAGCGAGAGAACUCUCCCAAACAUAACAGGGACGCGUUUCUGUCACAGGAACAACUGAGGCCAGGCAGGGACAGGCGAGAAUCACCAUCCCCCACGUACAGACCCCCGAGGGGCUUAAAAAAUUCACCGUCUCCUACGUUCAAAUUUGUCAAGGAGACGAGCAAAAACUCCCCGUCUCCCCCAUUCAGACCUAUAGGUGACGGGUCGCCGAAUUGCUCGUCGUUAAGUCUCCGGGACAGUUCGGUCAAGGGCUCUCCGCCCUCUCCAUUUAGACCCAUCAGUGACCCUAUAGCCGUCGGAAAGUCACCGUCGCCGACCCACAAGCCAGUGAGAACCCAAGUCUCCGUGGAGGUCCACCACCAGCAAUACGUGCAGCAGGCCUGUGGGGGCCACGCACCAGAAGAGCAGCAUCAGUUGUUGAGUGGACGCUUAGAGCGGGCCAGAUCUCACGCAGACACGUACACUGCGCCCAAAAGCGCGGCUGUGUCACGGGCUAAAGCACAGCACAAAACCGUCUAUUCCCACAGUCUGGAGUCUGCCAACCCUUCCAGGCAGCACUGUUACCGUAACAGCAGGAAGGUGAAAAGUCACGGAGACGACCUCGAGGAUUACGACGUCUUGAAAAUCACCGAGUUUUCCAAAGGGCCUUUUUAUAAUGCUGACUAUGACGUCAUAGCCGAGCUCGGGUCUCCCGGGUCAAAGGUCAGAUACAAUGACACCGGAAGUCUGGAGCAGCUCAACGAAGGUGAGUACGGGGCUGGCCCUGACCCCGACGAUCUCACGAUGGUGGAGGAUAAAAAAGAUCAGAAUCACUCGGAGGGAACCGAGGACAGCGCCGAGACGAUUAAUGGCAACCGGAAGUACCGAGCGCUCUGGCGUCUGAGGGCAACGCUGGAGGAAGAAGAGGAGUGCAGCGACACCGUCCGAAUGGAAGACAUGACGUCACCGGAUGACUCUCCCGACAGGGAGCACGUCACGCCCAACACGACGUCCUUUGAAUCCAACGCCCAGAGCGACCCCUGUCCAAGCGAUCACAGAGACAGCGGCAUCCAGUUUGAGAGCACGACAGCCUCGUCGCGACCCGGGAACCACGCCAACUUCCUUCACCCCAACUACGAGAACCGGCGUCAGAAUUACCGGAACGUUCUCAACAACCGGUUCCAGCGGAACAACCAGUCGACCAGCGUCGAGAACAGCUUCGACAGCGUCGAGACGGACGGCGACGUCUCGGACACCUCGAGGUACGAGGUCACCACGACCUCUUUCGAGUCGUCCACCACGACGACGACCGAGAACACGGACAGCACCACGGAGAGCCAGGCCAGCAAGCUGAGGCAGAUGAAAGCCGACAGCGGGUACAAGUCCCUCGAGACGCAGCAGCAGAGCUCGAAAGAGUGCGGCGAACACGAUACGGCGAAAUGGGACAUGCGGAUGAGCGUGGACUGCUGCGAGGGGAUAUCGGCUCGCCGCGACAGCAAGGCGAGUGUGGACAACAUUGUCGGUUUCGCCAUAAGACGCAGCAGCAAAGCGGAAGUGGAGCGACUCGAAGGGAUAUGCCAAGCGUGUGGCAACAAUGGGGUGUCUGGGGUCGAACCGACCGUGUCGAUGUUUCACAGGGACAGGAGAAACAGUGGCACCGUCGGAAAUGUCAAAAGUGAAAGUGUAGCAAAGUCGUCCCCGGUGUCAUAUUUUGAUAGACGAAACGGGAAAACCGCUUCUAAGAAGCGUAGAGAGUAUUCGAGGGAGAGACAAACUGUACAGGUCUACGAGAGUAUUAACGAGCCAGAGACGGACUCGCGAUCUGCCCUUCAUUCCGGGGAUAGUUUUGAAGACAGUUCAAUUCCUCACAAAAUUUCUGUUUUCGCGCGAUUUUUCAAAUCUCACUCUCGUGGACACCGCACGCGUUAUCUUGUACGAGAUUACAGUAUCGACGAGAAAACCAAUUCCAUAUUCAACGAGUUUGUCAAGCAAGAAGUCACGCCGACCACCAGGGAAGCGACGGGAUCUGGAAGGCUGGGCAUUAGAAGGUCACCGAGGUUACAUAGGCAUCGCUUGCAGAGGAAGCACACCGAGCCAGCGCUGCUAAGCGAGGACCAAUUGAAGAGACGCGACCGUCUCGCGCCGAGCAUGCGCAGCGCGAGUUUAGGAAGCGACAGCAGCGCCAGCUCCGCCAGAAGGAUUUCCCCACAAGACAGCAUAGAGGAGGAAGAGGACGAGCUGGAGGAGGAGACUCUCCACUUCAAGCGCGUGGCCGCCUGGUCGUAUCCCAGGGCCAAAUCACAGGUGACGUUUGUACAACGACAGCUCCAGUCGCUGGCCAUGCACGAGAGGGCCAUUCCCAUCAUCAAACUGCCAGAGGAAGAUAUUCACGAGGCAUCCUCAGUUCACUGA